AUGUACCUUCCAGUACAUCGCACAGCACCGUCGCGCUUUUCAGGCUUGAAAAUCCCAAAUUCAAACGUGAUAUCCCCAAUCGUCAGUUCGGAACUUCCGUCGAUGCCUACAAACGUCGCGUGUAUUACGUCAGAUGCGAUGUCAGCAGCCGAAAUGCACUCAAAAACGUCUGAGACACAAGAUGCAAAAGUUUCUGCGUCAAUUGACAAUGAAGUUGUUGAGAAAAAAGCUGCGGACCAGCUUCUGCUUGACACGAAUGAGUUGCUGUCAAAUUUGGGUUUUGGUGAUCGCGCGUUCUCCCACGUGGCUGAUCUCGUCGCGAGCGUUUCUUCUAUGAGCGUAGCGUUAUAUGAAAAGCUCUUUCAGUUUCGCCUUCGUGAUGUGGAACGCAUACCACGCACUCGACAAGACUAUGAGCACAACGCACAGGUGGUAGCGAAUGCGCUACAAAGCGCAUUAUUGGAGCAAGGAAAUGAUGGAGAUGUGCUAGAUGAAUUGACUGGAGAAAAAUUAUGUGCCGGAGAUUUUGGGAGUAUUCGACGGCUGCUGACAAUGCUAGAGCAGGUAUACACGCUGUUGUUUGAGGAGAGUGAAGAGGUUGGGGAAAGGCUUAGAGAUUUAAGUCUGGCGAGCCUUGGAAUGGCAGCUAAGACGUCAUCGAAACGAAGAAUUCCACCAAAAUUGGCCAGAAAACAGCGGAAGGAGAGUGUUUCGAAAAAUGACGAUUCGAAUAGUACGCAGGUCAAAGAGAUGCGAGAUAAUUCGGACAAUAGUAUGCGAGGCAAGGAUACACAGCUAGGAAGUCAGAAGCAUGAGGAAGUUCGUACAGGAUGCGCUGUUAGUGGGCGAAGAAAAAGUCAAACAGAAGGGGGCAGCAGAGCUGGUGCGAUCGCCGAGAACAACAAGAAGCGUUCUCGGCUACUGAAGCAGUCAUGCAAUGUGAGCACCAGCUCAAAGAUUUUGGCAAAUAAUACGACGAUUAGCAGAACAAAGCUUCAUGAUCUUUCAAGAGUCUCGAAUAGGAGGUGGCGAAGGCACCGAAGUAAUGAAAAAGAGUUUUUGGCAACUAAAGAAUACGGACGAUUUGUUACAGCGGCAUCUGAUACCAGUUCAGACUGUGAAAAGCCUUGUGUGAAAAAGAUCUCGAUUGAUGAUUCAAAAAAAGAGUUUUUCGAGAGCGUGUCUUCAGUGCAACAUAACAGCGACGAAAGCAUACACUUUAUGGAUGACGAAGGUGUUCUUGCUCAAGAAUUUUCAUCAAUUGGUAUCGACGACGCUGAGGUUGAGCAAGAAGAUGGCAAAAAUCGGAAUGAAUCGGUAAGCGAUCGAGAAAAUACCAUACCGAACAAAAAUUCCGAAGCUGUUACCCAUCAAAAGAAGACAAAUCAGCAGGAAGCGCAAGAAGACGAUGAUUUGACGUCCCCUGUCAAGAAAAAAGUUGUUCCUGGUGAGUCUUCUGCCCCAGAGCAAAUGUUCAUUUCGCACACGAAACGUCAAAAAGAUUUAAAGUCCCUUCACCCAAUGCUACCGAAGACUAAAAAACGUGCAGAAAAGUCGAAGGCCCAAGUGCAGUAUUUACGGUACAAACUUACCCUCAAAAAUCACUUGCAAGAGCUGCGUCAGCGUGAGAUGUCCCAGCGCCAGCACAUGGAACGUGCAUUCAAGUCGGGUGAGCAUCUGGCAACGGUUGAUAAGAUUCGAUCUCGCCGAUUUGAACAGGAUGUGCGUUUGCAUCGCAUCGCUAUUGGAUUGGAGGCGAAGAAUGAAGAGGAGAAGCAGCUUCGUCAAACAAUGAAUUACUUACUUGGGCUGGAAAAAGAAAAGUUGCGAGAAGAGCAUCGUCUCACAACAUCCUUACUAAAGCAGAUUCAAAAGGAACACAUGGAGCGCGAGCAGGCCAUGGAAAACUAUUACGCCAACCAAAUUCAACUUGUGAAGGAGAGAACUCUUCGUGAAGUUAAGGAACGAGAACUUGUUGAAAAGGCCCAGCGCUCAGCGUCGGAGAAGAUGAUGCGCGAGCUGCGUCAUGAAAAAGAGAAUGAGCUUGCUGCUUUAUUGCAAAAGAAACAGCAUUUAGAGAAAACUCGUCAAUUUCGUCAAGCUUCACAGCUGGCACAAUUGUUAGAAAAGUCCGAGGAACAUUCUAUAAAGAGGACUGAUGCAUUUUAUACUGCCGCAAUGAAGGCUCGUGAGCGUCGCGAAAGAAUAAAGCAGCUGCAAACACGACGCACGAGUCUUGACUCGCACCGAUCUGGUGUGAAAAAAAAAAAUUCCAGUUUCUCGUCCAGUUUCGUUAGAUAA